AUGCUCGACACGACGAAUCGUCACCAAUGUUCUCCUUCCUCUCCUUCUUCACAAGAAUCUAAUCUACCAAAACACAACCUUACAACAACCCUAACAACAACUAGUACCACCACCACGUCACUUCCACCUAGUCAUGCUGACACUUUAACACCAAUUGGAUCUCUAAACAAGCUUGCUUUGAGUCAUGAAGGUCAUCCUCCGAAUAGUCAUCAUCACGACCAUUCUUCCAAUGACGAUGACAAUGACUCGGAAGAAAUGAAAACCCAUCCAAGUGAUACAACAAGCCUUUUACAUGCUCAAAACCCAUCCAUCAUUGUGGGUGGUGGUUCAUUUGUAGUGAAUAAGAACAACACCAACAACAACAACAACACUAUUAGUACGAUUGGAAGUGGUGGUAUUGGUAGUAUGGGUGGUAGUGGUAGUAUGGGUGGUAGUGGUAGUAUGGGUGGUAGUAUGGGUGGUAGUAAUCACUCUCAUUCCACCCUCAUGAUUGAAUCCUCUAAAUUAGAAAUACUCUUUGAUCAUUUCAAAACCUUUCUUCUCAAUAAUUCCUAUCUUUAUUGGAUGUAUUACAUUUCCAUGAUUUCUCUCUGUCUAAUUCUACUCAUUUGGUCCAUCUGGUCAGGAGGAAAGCCUCAUCUCAAAUCCGAAACAGAAGAAACACUCGCUUCGAAUCGAAUAUUUUUAUUUUUGGAGGGAAUGAUUACAGUGAUUUUAAUUGUUGAAAUUCUCGUACGAAUCUUUAUCUUUCAUCAUGGAAAUAUCAUGUCGUAUUUGUUUGAUGAUUUUAUUAAUUGGUUUGAUUUGAUUGUUAGUAUCUUUUGUGUGAUUGGAUUUAUCUUGUAUCUAGUCACAACGAAUCGAGUGGAAGAAAGAAUUGAAGAACUCAUUGAUAGUAUUUUAAUUACCUUUCGAUUUCUUACUCAAGUAUUAAGAAUUUUGACAUUGAUCAGAAAUCAAAGAAAGAGAAGACAAGAAAUGUUGAAUCAAAAUGCUCAUUUCAUUGAUUUGAGUAAGAAUAGUGGAGAGAAUAUUUCUCUCCAAACAACAAUUGUCCAUGAAGAUGAUCUGACGGAUGAUGAUGACAUGGAUAUUAUGGUGACUCACCACUUGACAAGUCAUCCUAUUCAUCAGCAUCAACAUCAUUGUAAUAAUAAUAGUAGGACUAGUAGUAGAACAAAUACUCAACCAUCAUUAAUGAAUAACCAAUUGUUAACAACAACAACAACAACCAUUGCUGAUCAAGUACCAUUAAUGGUACAUGAUUCUUCUGACUCUGAUUGUGAAUUAAUGGAAAAUUCUGAAAAACAUGUGUAA